AGUUAAAUCUUCUGUGUGUUGUGCAGAAGCAAACAUGUUGUACUUGGAGGCACCAGUAGGAGUUGGGUUCUCUUAUUGUAUUAACACAUCUAACUAUGUGGGGGUGGAUGAUGAGAUUACUGCUAGGGACAAUCUCAUCUUCCUACAGCGUUGGUUUGUCAAGUUCCCUGAAUACAAAUGUAGAGACCUGUUUGUCACAGGGGAAAGCUAUGCUGGUCAUUAUGUUCCACAACUAGCACAGCUCAUCCUUCAGUUCAACAAGAAGGAAAAGUUAUUCAAUCUGAAAGGAAUACUUCUGGGAAAUCCUCUUCUAGAUUUCGUUACUGACUUCAAUUCGAAGGCUGAAUUUUUCUGGUCACAUGGGUUAAUAUCGGAUUCAACAUAUGAGAUCUUCUCUUCAGCUUGUAACUACUCUCGGUACAAGAGUGAGUCAUUCAGAGGCUCUGUUUCCCCUGUUUGCUCAGGAGUGAUGAACCAAGUCAACAAUGAAAUUAGUAUGUAUAUCGACAAAUAUGAUGUCACAAUUGAUGUCUGCCUAUCAUCUAUUUUAUCUCAAUCGAAUGCUCUCACACACCUGCAAGUUGCAGAGAAACUAGAUGUCUGUGUUGAAGAUGAAACUACAAAGUAUUUCAACCGGGUUGAUGUACAGAAGGCUCUCCACGCUCGUCUUUUGGGAGUCACCAGUUGGGUUUCUUGCAGUGAUAAUCUACACUAUAAGAAGCUCAACUUUGAGGAAUCUAUGAUUCCAGUCGUCGGCUCACUCAUCAGGUCUGGAAUUCGGAUCUUAGUUUUCAGUGGAGAUCAAGAUUCUGUUAUCCCAUUAACCGGGACAAGAACACUGCUCCAUGGAUUGGCAAAUAAAUUGGGACUGAACACAACUACAACUUACAGAGCUUGGUUUGAGGGGAAACAGGUUGGCGGAUGGAUGCAAGUUUAUGGAAAUAUCCUCUCCUUUGCAACCAUUAGAGGAGCAUCUCACAAGGCUCCAUUCUCACAGCCAGAGAGAUCACUUGUGUUGUUCAAUGCAUUUCUAAAAGGAAAACCACUACCAGAAGAAUUCCGAGCUAUCGAAUAAGUUCAUUUUAUGUAAUUAACUAGUGGUGCUGUAUUUAAUAGACAGAGGGAAGCCUAUCCUCUAACCUUCAAUAUAAGGUUUUUGAAAAGAGAUGCUGAUGAUGGUAGUUUCUCCCAUCAGUCUUUCAAUA